AUGCUCCCUCUGCCAGGUGCUCCGUCGUCGUCCUGGGCUCUCUUCCGCCAAAGGCUGUCUACCAUGUUUGAGGGCGUCGACAAACGCGUCGUUGGCUCAUUCUGGUUGUUCGGUGGGAAUACUCAACUCAUACCUCGCAUUUUCCAGCUAACACCACUGCUCNNAGGCCUCAUCAACAAUGUCCUAUACGUGAUCAUCCUUAGCAGUGCCCUCGACCUCGUCGGUCCCUCCGUGCCAAAGUCGCUCGUCCUCCUCUUCGAUGUUGUCCCCUCCUUCCUGGUCAAGCUGACCGCUCCGUACUACAUUCACCUGAUUCCCUACAAUCUGCGCAUCCUGGCAUUCGUCGUCCUCUCUUCAUGCGGCAUGCUGCUCGUUGCGCUAAGCCCCUCCUCAGCCGACCCGAAUCAAGACAAUGCCUCGAUCACUAUCAAGAUGCUGGGAGUAAUACUGGCUUCUAUCAGCAGUGGAGGAGGUGAACUCAGCUUCCUGGGCCUCACCCACUUCUACGGCCCUUUCAGUCUGGCUGCUUGGGGCUCUGGAACUGGCGGCGCAGGCUUGGUCGGCUCGGGCGCAUACGUUCUGGCUACUACUGCUCUAGGCCUCAGUGUCCGAACCAGUUUGCUAGCUUUCUCCUUCCUGCCAGUCAUCAUGCUGUUCAGCUUCUUUGUUCUGCUCCCAGCCAAGCCCAAGAGUCACGACUAUACCGCAGCAGCCCAGGACGACCUAGACCCAGACACCGAGUCACUACUGAAUGGUGCUGUCGACGAUACCCAUCCACCCUCUUCGCCAAAACUCAGCCAGGGGCUCCGAUCCACCGAUACAUGGCACAGUCUCAAAGUUAGAUUCUUACGAGCCAGAAGCCUCUUCCUUCCAUACAUGCUGCCUCUGCUUCUCGUAUACGUGGCCGAGUAUACCAUCAACCAAGGUGUCGCGCCUACACUGCUGUUNCCCCUUGACCAGACACCCUUCAAACACUACCGCUCCUUCUACCCAACUUACAAUGCCAUCUACCAAUUGGGCGUCUUCAUAUCGCGCUCUUCGUUGCCCUUCGUUAGGAUCCAUGCAUUGUACCUUCCUUCGUUCCUACAGUGCCUCAAUCUGGCCAUAUUGGCGACGCAUGCCAUGUUUCCAUUUUUGCCAAACAUCUGGUUUGUCUUUGCCAUUACCUUCUGGGAAGGAUUACUCGGAGGAAUCGUCUAUGUCAGCACCUUCCGCAGAAUUGGAGAAGAAGUGCCAGAGAGUGAUAGGGAGUUCAGCUUGGGCGCAACGUCAGUGUCGGAUUCGGGCGGAAUAUGUAUCGCAGGCUUCUUGGGAAUGGCGGUCGAGACAGGCUUGUGCGGAUGGCAAGUGGUACAUGGCCGGGACUGGUGUACAAGGCUAUAG